AUGGAAGAUACAUUUUUUUCGUCAGAGGUAUUACCUAUCCAAGUAACAACAACAACAACUACUGAUAAUGAUAAUGAUAAUGAUAAUAAUAAUGCAACAGAAAUAGAAUCUUCUAAAAUAACAUCAGAUGUCACAACAACUGCUCUUGUUAUUUCUCCAUUAGUUGACCAAACAAUAAAUAAAUCACCUUCACAAACAAAAUCAUCACAAUCUAAAUCUUCACAGUCUAAAUCAUCUCAAAAAUCACAAUCUGAGUCAUCUCAAAAAAAGAAUGGUAAAGAUUUAGUACCUUACAAAGGUAAUGAAACAAAAGAGCAAGUUGAAGAAGAGGAGGAAGAAGAAGAAGAGGAAGAUUUAAAACCAGCAACACCUGUUAAAAAAACUAAACCACCACCACCAACUAAACAAAGUAGAGCUAAAAAGGAAGAAAUUAAAGUUGAUGAUGCAGCUAAAAGUGAUAAUGAUGAUAAAGAGUCAGCUGAUCAAAAAAAAUUCAAAAAAAAUAUAACUCCAUCAAAGAAAGUUACACCAAUUGAAAAACCAGAUAAAAAGAGUACUAAAAAGAAAAAAGAUCAAGAGGAAGAAGAAGAGGAGAACAAUAAUGAAGAGUCAACUCCAUCUGAACCAACUGCUUCUAAACCAAAGAAAGCACCAUCAUCAAAAUCAAAAUCAAAAAAAGAUAAAGAGGAAGAGGAGGAGGAGGAGGAGGAGGAAGAAGAUGAGGAAGAGAAAAAACCAAAGAAGAAAUCAACUCCUAAAAAAGAUUCAAAAUCAUCUAAAAAGAAAGAAGAGGAAGAGGAAGAGGAAGAAGAUGAAACACCAAAGAAAUCAACAGAAAAAGAAACAAAAAAGAAACCACCAGCUGCCACUAAAAAAUCAAAUAAAAAAUUAAAAGAUGAUGAAGAGGAAGAAAAGGAAGAAAAGGUUGAGAAAACCACUAAAGUAAAGAAAUCCUCAUUUAAAGUACCAACAGCAGUGACACCAAAUAAAGAAAUUAAAUCAUCAACUUCAAAAAAAACACCAAAUAAAAAAGAAAUAGAGGAAGAAAAGAAAACAUCAACAAAGAAAAUACCAGUAAAGAAAAUAUCAAAAGAUGAUAAAGAGGAAGAAACAAAAUUAUCAUCAUCAAAAAAGAAAACACCAGUAAAGAAAACAUCAAAAGAAGAAGAAGAAGAAGAAGAAGAAGAUAAUGAUGAGGAAGAACAAUCAUCAAAAAAGAAAACACCAGUAAAGAAAACUUCUAAAAUAGUAGAAGAUGAUGAUGAGGAAGAAACAUCACCAUCAAAAAAGAAAACACCAACUAAAAAUACAACACCAUCAAAAAGAAAAUCAGUUGAACCAAAACCAAAAGAAAAAGAGGAAGAAGAUGAAGAAAAAGAAUCACCAAAAAAGAAAACCAAAAAAGCAGAGAAAUCACCAAAAAGUGAUACAACCAGAUCUGGUAAAAAAACGCCAAAAAGAACCAAACAGGAUGAAAAUGAUAGUGAUGAUAGUGAAGUAGAGGAUGAGAAAUCAUCAAAAGGUAAAAAGAAAAAAGGAGGUAGUAAAAAACAUCAAGAAGAAUCAGAUGAUGAAAGUUUCUCAGAGGUAGAGGAAGAGGAUUUAGAUAAUUUGAAAUUGGUUUUAUUAUCAGGUUUUAAUGAUAGUGAACGUAGUUCAAUUAUAGAGUCGAUGGGAGUAAUUGGGUUAACCGUUUCAGAUGAUCCUAAAGAAUGUACUCAUGUCAUUAUGAAUGAUUCAAAGAAUAGAACACUUAAAUUCCUUUUGGGUGUUUCAAAAGGAGUUUGGGUCUUAAAACGUUCUUGGUUAGAGGAAUCCUUUAAACAACAACAAAUCAUUGACAACGAAGAAGAUCACGAAGUUGAUGAACAUCCAGGUCCAAACAUGGCUCGUUUAUCACAACAGAAUGGUGAUGAACCUUUAUUCUCUGGUAAAACAUUCUUUUUGGCCGGUAAAGCUGAUCCAAGUGGUAUUAAUAGAAAAUCAAAAGAAGAAUUAAUUAGAAAUUUAGGUGGUAAAAUUUGUAAAUCAAUUGAAUUGGCUUCAAUUUGUAUUGCUGAAGAAUCAACUAAAUCUUAUGAAGUUAAAAAAGUUACUGCUCCAAUGGUUAAAACUGAAUGGUUAGUUGAAUCAAUUGCAAAUUAUGAAUUAGCUCCAUUUGAUAAUUUUAAAAUUAAAAAAUAA